GAAGGGGAAGAGAGGCGAGGGCAACGAGGCGAAGAUCAGUGCAGCCAAACAGAAGAGGCCCUUGAGCGCGGUUCAAAGCGAGAUGACUCGUUGGUCUCGCGCGCGCAUGGCUCAGAUCUUGCUUGAAAACCCCACCUUGACGCCCCUUGAGGCGUACAACGUUGCCCAACGGCUUUGGAAAAUACACCGGUUGAACAGUGAGGUACAGGCAAGGCAAGAAGAGAAAGGCGAGGAGGAGGGCGAGGAGGAGGGCGAGGAGGAGGGCGAGGAGGAGUGCGAGGAGGAGGGCGAGGAGGGCGAGGAGGAGGGCGAGGAGGAGGGCGAGGAGGAGGGAGAGGAGGAGGGCGAGGAGGAGGGCGAGGAGGAGGGCGAGGAGGAGGGCGAGGAGGAGGGCGAGGAGGAGGGCGAGGAGGAGGGCGAGGAUGAGGGCGAGGAUGAGGGCGGAGGAUGA